AUGAACUUUUGUCUAGGUAUUGAACGUAAUUUAAAAGUAUGGACAAUAGAUCGCCGUUGGUUAAUAACUCGACAACGUGCUUGUUUAAUAAUAUUAUUCAUUGUUUUAUUUAUUGUUAUUUAUAAUCAUCCAUUUCUUUUCUGGCCAUUAGAUGCAUCAUAUUGUUAUUUUAUAUUAUUUAAUCAUUCAACUCUAUAUACAUGUAAUAAUGCACAUUAUCAUGCAUAUGGUUAUUCAUUUUCAUUAACUAACCUUUUACUUAUUGAAAAUAUGGGUUUAAAUAAUAUUAUUUUACCAUUAAUUAUUAUUUCAACAAAUAUUGUUUUAGUUAUUGGUUUAAGACGUCGAAGUUAUCAACGACGUCGUCAUUUAGGUACAAAUAAAACUAGUGAUUGGAGAGAACGUAGUAUUCUCAUUUAUAUGUUAUUAUCAAGUAUAUUUUUUGUUAUAUUAACGUUACCUGUUGGAAUAUUGUUUGCUUGGAGAAUAACACUUGGUGAACAAAUACCAACAAAUAAUCUAGUACUUAUAUGUGAUCUUAUGGAAAUAGUUCAUCAUUGUUCACAUUUUCCAAUUUUACUAAUGACAAGUUCAAGAAUUCGUCGAAAAGUUUGUGAACGUCGUAAACAAGGACAAAUUAUAUCAUUUGGUAGUCGAUCAUUUCGAUCACGUUCUCAAACACAAUCAUCAAAUCAUCACGAUACAUGUUUAGCAACAUUUUGUUUGUGUUUGAUUGAUUUAUCAAGUGAUUCUUAG